CACGUUGUUGCUCGCCAGCACGCUUUUUCAAUAAAUUGUUGAAAUAUAGUAACAAUGAGUAACAAAAAGAAGCUUUUUAACGAUUCAGAUCCAGAGGAGGAGGAGGAAUCAGUCGAGUUUCGUACAAACAAAAGUUACGCCAAGCACUACGACGAGUUCCGGAAGAAAGAAAUCCUUGGCCAGCUGAAAAAUUUGGAAUCCGAUGGCAGUGAUUCAAGUGACGAUGAAACGACCGACGACGAGAUUGUCGAUGCGGAUUUCGAUAAAGAGUUCUUCCGAACGCUUGCCUUCCUCAAGCGGAAUGAUCCGAGCAAGUACACCGAGGAGCAAAGCUUUUUCAAGAACGUUAAGCCUGUUGAGGAGGUUGCAUUGGCGAAGCGACAUCGCAAGGAAAAGCCGAUGACCCUGAAGGACUACGAGCGUAAGGUGAUGCUAGAGAAGGAUGGCGUAUAUGAAGACGAGGAGGAUCUAGGACAUGCACCCCAUGCUGCAACACGGCCAGAAUCACCGUCGCUGGUGGAGCAGCAGAAGCGCAUCAAGGAUGAAAUUAAACAAGCGCUCAGCGCGGUUACCGACAGUGACGAUGAAUCCGAGGGUGGCUUACUGAAGGAAAGGGUACGCAGCAAGGCGGAACACGAGAAAGAGCAAGCCGAUUACCGACGCUGGUUGGCAGAUCGGAAGGCGAACGAAGAGCCGCCCAAUGAGGAAGUGAAGGCACUGCAACCGCUGAAGCACUUCUGGACGAGCGAGAAGCUUUCGAAGGAAGAUGCCUUCCUAAAGGAUUACAUUCUCAACAAUCGAUUUGUGCAGAGCGGUGAUAUUCCCAACUACGAUGACAUCGUUGCGACUUCGGAAGACGAGGCCGAACUCGAGAAGCAGGAGGAGUACGAGCGACAGUACAACUUCCGCUUUGAGGAGCCUGAUCCAGAGUUCAUCAAACGUUAUCCGCGCACGGUGGAUGAUACGUUGCGCGUGGAGCGCAACAAACGCCAAGAGCAACGGCAGGCACUAAAGGAGCGGAAGCAGAAGGAGCGUGAGCAACAACGGCGUGAUCUCGAUGAACUGAAGGCGGUUAAAUUGAAAGAAAUCCGCGAUCGAAUUCAGCGCUUGAAGGAGAUCGCGGCCACGGAAAAGCUCGCGAUGAAUGAGGACGAUCUCGAGUCGGAUUUUGAUCCCGAUGAGCACGAUCGGCGUAUGAGAGAGAUGUUCAACGAUGACUACUAUGGUGUGGACGAGGGUGACCAGAAGCCGGAGUUUCCCCAGCUGGACGAGGAGCUGGGAAUCGAAAACUACGAUAAGGAUGAGCUAGAGGCUGGUGCCGACGGUGAAAGGGGUCUCCAUUGUGAGGACGAUGAUUUUGUUAUGGAUUGUGAUUACGAGGAAGAGAAGCAGAACAAAUCCGCGAAGGAUGGCAAAGAGGCAUUGCAACAGGAGUUGAUGGACUCUACGCGAAGUCGCAAAAAGAAGGGCCGAAGACAGUCAAAGUUUCGUGAAAUGCUACGCGCAGAAAAACCAUUGUUCGAUCCAGAGGACGAGAAAACAUAUGGAGAGUACAUCGACGAGUACUACAAACUCGACUACGAGGACAUAAUUGGCGAUACGCCGUGCCGGUUCCGAUACGUGGAGACUACACCGAACGAUUUUGGACUCACAGUGGAAGAGAUACUGGCGGCUAACCCGCGCGAGUUGAACCAUUGGGCUAGCGUAAAGAAGACGGUGCAGUUGCGCCCGAAGAACGUAGAGUUACGGGAGAUCGACCUGUACCGGCGGAAAGCUUCAAAUGAAUGGACAAAGCGCCGUAUUCUUCCAAGUUUAUACGCUGAGCCGGCCGAAAAUGAGGACGAAGAUAAGGAGCUAACGGUUCGUAAACAACUGAGCGAUAGUGAAACAACACAAACGGCAUCAGAUAAGCAAAGCAAAAAAACGGCUCCAAACGUAAAUCUGAAACAAUUGCAAAAGAAGGGCAUUAAUGUCAAGGUAAAAGAGUCACAGCCCAAAGAGUUCACAAAAAAGAAAAAGAAAGGUAAAACCGAUAAAACGUCUGAGCCAUUAAUCCCACCGUUUAAAGAUAAGCCAAUUGAUGUCACGGCGAAAAAGAAAAAACAUAAAGACAAAUCUAAUCCGGCGUUAAGUGAAGAAAAUCCGCAAGAAAAAAUACCCGCCGUCAGUGCGAAUGGAGAAGCUAUGGCACCUAAUGUUUCAAGUAUGAAUGAUCAAGGACAUAAAAGGAAACAGAAGAAUAAGCACAAAAAAGCAUUGAUCGGUGACGAAGAUACCUCCCAAAUAGCUAGUCUGACCUCAGCCGACGGAUUCACACAUCAGAAAAAGAGAACUUGGCACCAACGAGAUCAAUCGUCACCGAAAGGCCCUUCGCCCGAUAACUUAGUGGGUACUAAAAAGUCUCGAGUAGAUCAGCACCCACACCGUGGUAACCGGAAAUCUGCACAAGGUGCGUUCGUUCCCGGAAAGAAACGACCAACCACACAGCAGCCGGAAAGUGCCAGUGAUCAGCGUUUGCGAGCGUUUGGGUUGAAUCCGAGAAAGUUCCACAAUUCGCAGAAAUAUGGAAACCGGGCACAGAAUGGUAACAUAAGCAAUGCUGGUAAUAAGAAUGGUCGAUCGUUCAAUAAGUCGUUUGAAAAGAAGGGAAAGAAAAGUGUAGAAUGAGUAGAAAAUUUGAAGA